AUGCCUGACUAUGUACACACUGAUAAAGGUACCUCAUUCAUGUCAAGAGAGGUGCAGGAAUUUUUACACGAGAGAGGGGUGGCCACAAGCAGGACGACCCCUUAUAAUCCCAGAGGGAACUCUCAAGUAGAAAGGCUAAACGGUUCAUUAUGGAAAGCUAUAACUCUGGCCUUAAAAACUCAAGGACUCCCGGUUUCCAAAUGGGAGCAGGCGUUAAACCAAGCCCUGCACUCUCUUCGUUCUCUGCUUUGUACUGCUACAAACGAGACACCUCACGAGAGAAUAUUCAAGUUCUAUCGCAGGUCCACCUUCGACAAAUCACUCCCGACAUGGUUAGCUCAACCAGGAAAAGUAUUGUUAAAAAAGGGAGUCCGUGCAUCAAAAUAUGACAAUGGUACAAUAGCUGUGGACUUAAUUACAUGCAACCCACAGUAUGCCAUUGUAAGACUUCCUGAUGGAAGAGAAGAAACAGUGUCAUUGCGACAUUUGGCCCCAGCUCCAAGAGAGGGACAAUCAUAG